AUGUCUUUUACUCAUGACCAGGAAAAUGAAUUGAUUGCUGAAAAUGAGCAAGUCAUUUCUUUGAACCAAGACACCGAAAAAGCACCUAAACCAAAGAUGAGCCCGGAGCUUCAAAAAAUGGUUGAUGCGAUGUACGCCUCCCUCCAGCCCCACAAAAACGUCUUCCCAUCAGCACCCUUAGCAGGACAACCCGUUAUCCCAACCGGUAGACUUGCCAGAUGCAUCUGCUCCCCAGAUUGUACUAAAGAGCUUCCACAACCAGAAUACCAAGUCAUCAGGGAUUCAGAAGAAGACAAGAGAUGGAUGGUGGAACCCACCCCGACAGACUUCUAUCUGCCAAUGAUUGGUAAGACAAAGGACGGUGAGCUAGUUGGUGUCAACAUUCAGAUGCAUGUCAAUGAGAAUGGCACUAAAGCCUUUGGAACUAUUCAUUCGUUUUGUGCUCUUCGGAAGUAA